AUGAGGCUUCAGGAGUCAGGGCUUCCGCUCGAGGCACGAAGGACGGUGCUCGAGGUCCUGAAGGGCGACCCCUCGCCAGCCAAUAUCCAUUGGAGGGCUGUCUCUUUUGGCCUUGAGGGGCCCCGUGAGAACCCCGUCAUCGUGGUUGCCCUCCUUGUCACCGGUGCCGAGCUUGCCCCAAGAGUGGACGUAGGGGGGCAAGCUCCACCGGAGGCCGGAGGCACGGGUGCCCAGGUGUCGACACCGCCCGUGGCUCCUGAGGCGCCAUCUCCGGGAGCCCGUGACUCUCACCCUGAGGCCAAAGUUCUCGAGGCCUCAGCAGGUCAUCGCGGGGCGGAGCCCGAUGGCUCUCCCCCGCUUGGCGCUCCUGAGGUCGUCUCCUCGGGGGCUGCACCAGUCGCGCCCUAUGCUGGCCGCCAUGCCCAGCGCUUCGGCCGGCUCCGUGUGGACAUCGAUGCGCUCCGCAAGAGGAAGGGGUCCCCAAGCAGCAGAAGUGGCGCCUUCCGGCCGUUAAAACAGAGGAAGUACUUCGCCAUAGAUGAGAUCCCCUCUGUUAAGGACGUGAAGCCUCCUGGGAAGCAACCUCCUCCUGCCUCGAAUCUCCCGCUGGCCUUGAGCGUCCUGAGCCAGCAUGCCGCCCCUGGCGCGAGGUCGGCCGAAGAGACAGACACGCCCGCUUGGCGUCUCGAGCCCUCGCUCCUGCUGUCUCUUCUUCGUGGCCUCGCCGGGGGUGCGACGAGCGUGCCAAGGGCUCCUCCUCUGGUUGUGGAUGGCGGCUGGAUCGCUUCGGUCUUGGCUUCCUCUUCGAGCAGCGAGCCUCAACUCGACCGGGCUCCCACCGAAGUCCAGUCAGCGGCCGGGGGGGCGCCAGCCCCUAGUCCUCUGCUGAAAGGGGGCGAGCCGCUUCGGGUCCCGUCGGCGACCCCCGCUGUGGAGGACAGAAUUGGCCGCGUCCUCAAGUUUGCGCACGAAUGGGGUGUCAUCCGCCACGAGCUCUUUCAGGAGGCAAUGGGCGGAAUGAGCCUGCUCGGCGGAGAACUCGUGGAGGUAGAUGCGCGCCUCGAGGCCGAGGGUCUUCGGCUGAUGGAGGAGUGUCAUAAACUGAAGGUUGCCAUCAACCUCGGGCACCACCAGCGCGAUCUUGAUAACGUGAAGGCCGGAGAGUCUCUAGCGACCUCGCGUGUGGCCUGCGCUCGAGCCUUGGAAGAAGCCAGGGAAGCGGAUCGUCGCCGCGAGAUUGCAGAGAAACGCGCGUGGGAGCUCCAAGCCUAG